UUAUGACAUUAGAAAUGUCAUGUUUUGUUUGCGUUUGCUUGUCUUCCCUUCCCUGUUCAAUGAAAGCGCAAAGUAAAUAUAAUAUUUUAAAUAAAAUCUAAUUAUAUUCUAUGCAUAACUGGAAUCCCAACAAAUAUGGCUACAUACGAUAACAAAAUCUGGCUUUUGAAAAAUAUACGGGAUGCAUUCAUUGCCACUGAUGAUACGGGCUUAUGUGAGAUUGUUAUGGCAGGCGAAGAUUUAUCUAAAAUAUUUCAAAAUAAGUCAAUCGAAGACAAGAAAAACAUCAAAGAAGGAAGAUUUAAUCAGUCUAUAUUAAAUAAAGGUAAAGAAGGAAUGGAAGAUAUAUCUGAAGAUGAAGAUGAGAGAGAAAUAGUUACUCAAUUUGAUCCAUACCCGGAUAUGGAGGACAGUGAGGAUGAUGACCUAAUGUGUGGCAGCUACAUCCGCUAUGAAGAGUUCGGAGGACACAGAGUUUAUUCCAGACAAAGAUCCAAUACAGCGGCAUUGUUGGACAAAAAAGAGCAAGCUUUAAAGAAGGCCGCUAAAAUUAAAGUUGUAAAAUGGGAGGACAAUUACACAAUGACCACUGAGCAAAUGGCCGAAGUAUUUACAAGGGAGGAAGUAAGAAAGAUUGAAAAACAAAAAUCUUUACUGACUGAGCAAAUAGAAAAGUGCCCAGAUCUGCCGCACCACCAAUAUUUGGAGUACGCCAAAUUUGAUGGCACGGCACAGAUGGGGCUGCCCACUAAGUCUUUCAAGAUCUACAUGACAAUACUGCCAGAGAAACAUCAGAUCUAUCCAUUGUAUGUGUGCAUAAUAUCAAAUGCUAAAAUAAAGGAUCUUAUUGGAUUCACAUGCUACAAAUACAGCAUUGAACAUCCAGAUAUAGCCCUUGGGUCUGUGCAGAAUUAUGGACUUUGUAUAGCAGAUGAAGAUGGCGAAGUGGAUUGGGCCUUUCCUUGUCUAGAUGCUAAUGAGCCCUGCUCAAAAUUCGGCUUCACCUGUCUGGGCCUUGUAGACUUGAAAAACAAGAAUGCACUAGCGCAUGCCCCAAUAUCUAUACCUGAUGAUGGACUUAUAAGCAAAGCAUUAGAUGUGUUCCCGAAAGCCUCAGACUCUGGUCAUAGUCAUCAAAACUCAAUGAGGCAUUAUACAGGGGAAAGCACAAUUUCUGAUACAGUCAUAAAUGCCUUGAGAGCAUUAAAAGAUGAGAAAAAAGCAGCAGCCGAGAGUGAACAAGACAAAAUACAAUCGCAGCUGAUGGCUGCAGAGCCGCCGCAGUACAAGACAUACAGAGUGAAUCUGCUACGGAAGGUCCGCACCAACAUACCCGUGCAGCUCGUCAUAUCACUUGACAAGAUUGAAGUUGAACCCUUAGUGCAACAGAAACAUGUGUUUUGGUCGAAAUCGAAGUAUUUCCUCCACAGCAUAGAUUCAAUAGCGUGGUGCCAAAUACUCGAAGCCAGGGCAAAUAAGAUGACCUUCAGAAUAGUAUACUCACCCAUACAUAAUGUUAGUUUUCAUGACAGUAACACUUCAGGCGGUGCUAGUUUCUUUCAUCCAACGACAGCAUAUAAAGUUCACGAGUUUGAAUGCGACCAUGACAUAGCCAAAGAGAUCGUAGACAAGAUAAAUAUAAUUCUAGACCGUAGGAACAGUCCUUGCCGACGCGAAUAUAAGACUGCCAAAGAGAAGAAAUUGCAGACACGAAGGAGCUUCCAUACAAGGCAUAUGAGUUGAAGUGUCUACAUGGAUAAAUAAGCGUUAUUUUAAAAAUGUUAACAUGUAAUUUCCUUUAUAUCAGAAUUCUAUGGUCGUAAAAAGGAUGUAUGUUACCACCUAUUUAUUGGAAACAUAUUGACCUAAAAUGCUUUUAAAAUCAGAAUAUUUUAUCAAACUUUCAAUAAAUGGUAUAUGUAUGUAUUAUAACCAUACCAGCCAGUCAAUUCAAGUAUUAUUUCUUUUCAUGUAUAAUUAAUACAAAAUUCUAGUAAUGUUAUGUCAAUACGGAAUUUCCAAAACUACUUAUUUUUGUGUAUGAAUAAAAACUACAAUAGAAAAGGGGAUAUUCCACCUAUCAAUAUAUAGAAAUAUUUUUGAGCAAAACAUAUAUGAAUAAAAUAUGACUAAACAUUAGCAGAAAUGUACCCUAGAUCUGAUCAAACUAAUAAGUGUAAAUAUGUGAAAAUUAAUGUAAGGUAUAUAAUUACCGGUUAUGUUCAAAGGAUAUUUUUCAAUUUUUCUGAUAAAUAAUUUUAGAUAUUUAUUCACCAUUACCUGUGUUUGUGUGUGUCUGUACUUACUCAGUACUCAUUGAUUUUAUUUUAUAUGCCUAAUUUAAUUUAAUUAUAAUCAAUAAGUGUUGUCAUGUAUUCCAUUGAAAGGAAAUUGAUCAUGACUUAUAAUUACUUUUAAAUGUACAUACUUUUCCAACAUCUAUAAUGCUAAUUAAGAAUAAAAUUUUGAACAUUAUUACCUCAGUGGUAAUUUUAACUGCCAUUUUUAAUAGCUCAAUUUUUAUGUUCUAUUUAUAAGUGUGAGUAUAAUGAAAUUAUUUAAUUACAAAUGUAUGAAUGAAAUUUAUUUGAUAUUAAUGAAAUGUAAUUUAUUUGUAAUCUGGAAAUGAAUUAUUGAAAUAAAAAUGUUAUCAUUA